ACAUUUUUAUUAUUUACACUUUCACUACUGUGGCACAUUUCAAUUGUAAAUUUUUCUUUACAUGUGAAAAUAUGAAUUCGCUAUUAUAAUACAACUUUUGUUUCGAUUUUUCUUUAAAAAGUAAUAAAAAAAAAUUGCGAAAAAAAAAUAUUCAAAUAAAAACUUUUUUUUUUCCUAUUUUCAAUAGUGCCAACUAUUUUCUCUUUUUAUUCCUCAACUUCCGGUAAAUUUGGGGUCCGGUGGUGGGCCUGAUUAUAUUGGAGCAUGCGCAGUUUGACGCUUAAAAAAUAAACAUCCCUUUCGGUCCAGGAGUGAAUAAAAAAAAUAGCACUUUAAUACCGCGGAGAAAAAUUAACAAUAGUUCGCAUAAAAUCGAUCUAUUAUUUAUGUGUCACAUUGUUUUUUCAAAGAAAACAUCACAUCAAACGAUUAAAUAACGUUUUUUUUAAUUGUAUUCGCAAAACUCAUUCCAUGUGCGGUUGGAACGAAAGAAAGAAGAAGAAGAAGAAGGGAGGGAGUCGAUCAAUAUUUCACCCCUCACUAGUGUAAUCAUCGAAAGUGGCACCCCGCGUAAACGUUGUGAAAAGAUUUUUCUACUUUUGUUUAGUAUAGGGGAUAAAAGUCGACAUUGUCGGUUUUAAUUCCAAAAGAACGUUAUUAAAAUUCAUCAUAUUUACAAAUAUCGGCCUCUCAUUUUUGAAAAUAUAAAGUUGUUCGUUAUUCGAAAUAUUGUCUGCGACCUGUCACUUUAUUUCCUUUUUUUUCUGGGGUGCAACAUCGAAAAUUAUUCAACGAGCCAGAAUUGCAUCAUUAAACAUCGACACAAAAAAAAAGAAACAUAUUUAUAAGUGCUAAAAACACAUUCCAGAAUAGAAAUGAAAAUAUCUAUGAUGAGGAUAACGCAGCGGUUAGCGUGCAACCACGCGAGGAGAACAUUCCUAGAGAUUAAUUCUAAAUUCCAAGAGAAUAGUUUAAAGUUGAAAAAAUUCAUUGACACAAUAUACACUACUUGUUAACAAAAUCCAAUUUAUUUUGUAAAUAUUGAAACCCAAAAGAAGAAAAAAAAAAUGAAAAGAUUACUCGAAGACGGUGCUGCACCGAAACACUACCUCUGUUUAAUCUGUACAAAGCUGCAAAAACAGAAUUUAGAAUUUUAGAAAGAAAAUAAGAGAAAAAAAACAUAGAUAUAUAUUCGCAUAUUGCUAAAUGAUUAUAUUCUUAAUAGUUAUUUAUGUAUGACAUUAUAACAAAUAAGAAUUUUCAAAUAAAGAGUGUAUCUUCCAAGAAAAAAAAAAAGUAAAAGUUCACUCAUCGUUACUAUAUUAUUAAAGACAAGAGUCACAAAACAAUCCACAGACGAAAAGUGAAAUCAGCUUUGUUUUAAACUUAAUUGUAUAAGGGUUUGAGGUUUAAGUUUUUAUAUUGCGGAAGCUCAAAAGUACAAUAAAAAAAAAAAGGACAACAAUGACUGAAGCGUACGACAGUAAUUUGAUUUGGAUUGUCGUUAUAGGAUUUCUUGUAGCGUUUAUCCUGGCGUUUGGAAUUGGAGCCAACGAUGUUGCAAAUAGCUUUGGAACCAGCGUUGGCGCUGGUGUCCUUUCAAUAUUUCAAGCUUGUAUCCUUGCAACUAUUUUUGAAAUUGCGGGAGCUGUUCUUAUAGGAUACAAGGUAUCAGAUACUAUGCGUAAGGGGAUAUUAGACGUUUCUUUGUACGUGGGCCACGAGAAGGAACUGAUGCUGGGAUCAUUGGCAACAUUGGCUGGUUCGGCUGUCUGGUUAUUGUUGGCAACUGCCUUGCGACUUCCAAUUUCCGGUACGCAUUCUAUCGUUGGCGCCGCUGUGGGUUUCUCUCUUGUAUGCAGGGGAACGGCAGGGGUGAAAUGGUCUGCUCUAAGAAACAUAGCAGCAUCUUGGUUUGCGAGUCCCCUUCUCAGUGGCACCGUCUCAGUAAUUAUAUUUUGGAUUAUCAGGAAGACUGUGUUACUGUCCAAUGAACCUUUAAAGCAGGGUCUAAAUAUUUUGCCUCUCGCUUAUGGCCUUACUAUUGCUAUUAAUAUUCUUUCUAUUGUGCACGAUGGACCGAAACUUUUGAUGCUGGAUAAUAUACCAUGGUGGGGAAGUCUAAUAGCAUCAUUAGGUAUUGGCUUAUUGUCAGCUGUGAUUGUUUAUAUAUUUUUAGUCCCAUGGGAGAGAAAGAAAAUUCUUUCAUCACACAAUACUAUUGGAAGAAAUGCCGGAUUCAAUCCAAGUGAAUCAAAAGAAACAACGGCAUUAUCGGUUAUUGUUGAUGGUGGUCAAGUAACAAGUAACACUGAAAUGGCAAGUUUGGAUGCACCAAAAUUAAGGGGCAACAAUAGCGCGAGUCCAUUAUUAAUGGCGGCUGGUGAUGCCGAUGGUGGUACAGGGAAUAUUGAUAUGAAUGAUGAACAUCCAGAUGUAUCGAAAUUAUUUUCAUUUUUGCAAGUAUUAACUGCUGCUUUUGGUAGCUUUGCACAUGGCGGAAAUGAUGUUAGCAAUGCAAUUGGACCAUUAAUUGCAUUAUGGGCUAUUUAUGCGGAAGGUUCGGCGAAACAAGAGGCAGAAACACCAUUACUUAUUUUACUCUAUGGUGGUUUGGGUAUUUCAACGGGACUUUGGAUUUGGGGUCGUAGAGUUAUUCAAACAUUGGGACAGGAUUUAGCUCGUAUUACACCCACUACAGGAUUCACAAUAGAGGUAGGAGCUGCUUUAACAGUAUUGUUGGCAAGUAAGGCUGGUUUACCUGUGUCAACGACUCACUGUAAAGUGGGUUCCGUUGUUUGCGUGGGCUGGGCAUCACGUGGUGGUGAAGGUGUUUCAUGGAAACUUUUCCGAAAUAUUGCCUUCGCCUGGGUAGUCACUGUUCCAGUUGCGGGUUUGUUAUCAGCAGGCUGUAUGACAAUUUUCAAAGAAGUAAUUAGCUACUGAUUUUUCACCGUACUAAACAUUUUUUUAAAUCGUUUUUAGCAAAAUACCAUCCAACGCUACUGUUGUCAAUAAUAAUUAAGAAAUAAAUAUCAAAAAAAAAAAAAAGAAAAGAAAAGAAAAUUGAACAAAAAAAAAUGAAAAACUUCAUGCCUCUAUUAUUAUACAUAUAUAUAUAUAUAUAAUUUGUAAUCGUUUCAACAUUUUUAAAGAUAUUAAACAUUAUUUUAACUUAAAA